AUGGAGGUGGCCGUGACCCCCGGGCCUAUUCUGCACGACUCGAGCCAAGAGGACGAGACCACGGAAACCCCGACCGUCAAACUAUUCCGAAUAAGUAUCUCAAAAGAACCGACCCACGUUAUGAACCUGGUCGCUAUGACCCACCUGGUCGUUAUGACCCUGAUCGCUGUGACCGGUGUGAUCGCUACGACGGUCAUCGGUAUGAUGACAAUGGAUAUGACCGAUAUGAUGACGACCGAUAUGGUCGUUGUCAUCGCAGACAACAGUCGUGCUCUGUCGUAUCCUACCAGCCACGUCGCCGGAUCGAACCGGCCCCUGCUCAGCCGGGCGUGUGUCCACGGGUGUGUUCCCGGGCGGUCCGUAGCCGUUCUAACAGUAAGGUAUAUCGCCACAUCAGCCGAAGCCUUUCGAGUCCCAGUCGCGGUUCCCCGGUUCGAGAGUCUCGUCGCUCACCGGCUAGGCACUCAGCGACCCGCCGUUCGCCGACCCGCCGUUCGCCGAUCCGUACAGCAGCACGGCACAGCAAGCAGGUCAGGCAUUACAGAACAGUGA